AUUCUGUUUCUUAAUUUCCAAGGUGUCCAACCUGGCAUUGGUUGUUUCAACAAUCAACAACAACCUUGAAUUACAAGGAACAAAGAUAAACGAGAUGGAGUCCCAACAUACAAGUGAUAUGAAUGCAAUACAUGAUACUACUGAUGAAAAUACAAGGAUAAUGCAAGAAUUAUCCUCCAGCAUAGUCGAACAUUCGCUCAUGCUGUCUGAUUAUAAGUUACAACAACACACACUUAACAUAGAGGUUAAAAGUCUUAAGAACAAAAACCCAACAACCAUUGCAGGCACAUGGACACCACCCCCCAGCACUUUAUCCGCACUUGAAGCAUUGGUGGCCACCCUACAACUCGCAAAUACAACGUUUAACACCCUUGUUGAAACCACAUCAGUUGAAAUACCUGUCUACUCUGAGUAUGAAGAUCAAGAGAGAGAUUCCUUUAACACAAACGUAUACCCAGACGUAUCUGCUUUCAACACAGAGGAAAAUGACAAAGACACCAAUGCAAAUCUCGCAAUAAUAUUUUCGGAAAUAUUGGUUUCUGUGAGUGAGAUAUUAGAUGGGGUGGCUGACCAUCAACAAGUUGAAACAAGUGAAGGAAGUAAUCAACAUGUUGAUAAUACUCAAGUUGUUCAACUGUUGGGUAGAAUUCAAUCAAUAGAAGACAUGCUCUUGAAUCACUCAAUGCAAAAUAUCUCUGACACAAUAACAUCUUUAUCUCACCAAAUACAGUUGGUUUCCCUUGAAAGACUUGAAUCAUAUGGUAGAAACCAGAACAUGACAACUGAGGUAUUGGACAACUAUAGCCAGCUUAGCAACCAAGUGGUGAUCCAACAAAGUGAAAUAAACGAACUUUUAAUGAAUAUUUUAGACAUGAAUGCAACUUUAUCUAACCAAGUUAUGAAUGAUCAAGUCCAGGACACACGUAUGAACAAUGUGCUUAUGAUGCAACAAACAUUGAAUCGUGAAGUUUCCGUUUGUAAAGAUGCUUCACGUGAACUUGGAUCACGAAUCACGAAUACAACUCAUGAAAUGACAUCGUUUAAUCGUGAUUUAGAAACCAGAUUAUUUGGAAGUAUCGGCCAGUUAUCUCAAAGGUUAGCCUUCACACAAGAAUCGAUCUUAACCGACGUUUUCUCUGUUAUGGACGAUGUGGUUGCUAUCAACUUCACUUUAGCUUCCGUCAUGAACUUUGUGACUGACAUGCAAGAAGAGUUAAGACAAGAAAUCUCAUCUUUGGAUUUGGUGCAAUUGGAAAGAAUGCAGAACUCAGUUGCUCAACAUAAUAAUCUACUUAAUAAUUUGUUUGAGGAACAACAACAACAACAAAGUAAAAUGGCUGAAAUUGAGCUCCAAGCUGCUUCCACUGCAGCACAUGUAGCAACAAGGGAAAACGUGUUGAAUAACUUGGUCCUUGAGGUUGAAACACUGAAUAAUUUAACGCAAACAAGAUUGAAUAACUUGGUUGAAAUAUUCAAUAAUGUGGAGUUUGGAUUAGACAAGAGAAUUGAAGGGCAAGCAAUGGCUGUUACGAUCACUUCACAAGAAGUAAACAUGCUUGAUCAGCGUCUAUCUAACGCCAUGGAACUUGUAACACAACAGUUGUCACAAGCCAACUCCACAUGGCAGAGGAACCAGGAUAUAUUGUACAGGUUACAAAGACAAAUGGAAGGAUUUAACAAUGUUGGGCAUAACACAGAGAUGGCACUCAUGAGACAUUCAAUGGAUUUGAAAUCACACGAACGGCAAAUGGCAGCAACUGAAAAUGUGAUCAGAACGAUAACAGAAACCAUGACGUUGAACAGCAACCAGAUAACUUUGCUGACUGGUGAAAUAAUGAUGAGGGGUGAUAAACAAAUGAUGACAACUGCGUUUUUGUCAGAUAUGAUCGCAAACCAUACGAUUGAAAUCGAAGAAAUAAAUGAUCAUAUAUCAUUGCUUGUAACAAGGUAUACAAAUUCCAACUUACAACUGACAACAACCCCACCAACAACAAACACAACAACAACAUUGAGCACGACUCCCUCUCUAUCUCCACCUGCUGGCCUCGCUGUGUUGUCUUCCACCUCCACAGAGAUGAUCCUCUCAUGGCAUCCUCUCCCUGUAUCCGAGGCCGAUGAAUAUAGGAUCGUGUUGCAGAAUAUUGAAGGAACGCACUCGUCUGUGCAGAUAUCAGCUGUAGCUCCUCCUGUACAAGUUGACAACCUUGACCCAGGUAGUCAAUAUCUCAUCUCUAUAUAUGCUGUGAAAAAUAAUAAGUUAAGUCCGCCUUUGACUGGGAUUGGUGAAACAGCUCCAAGACCAAGCGCUAGACCAACAACAACAAGAAGACCAACAACAACAACAACAGCACAACCCACAACAACAACAACAACAUCAACAACAGAUACAAAUGCAGUUGUUCUGGACAACAGUAGAUACCCAAACAUAGAUUAUAGUGAUGGCUUCCACUGUAACUUUGAACUUCCCGACAUAUGUGGUUUCAUUGACGACACAAACGAUGAUUUUGAUUGGUCAAGAAACAAUGGUUCAACCCAAUCGUCAGAUACUGGGCCAUCAUUGGAUCAUACCCUUGCUACCGAUGCUGGUUACUACAUGUUCAUUGAAGCAUCACGCCCAAGAAGAACGGGGCAUGUAGCAAGGUUGAUAUCGCCACUUAUGGAAGCUACUGAUGGAAAAUGUCUUGAGUUCUUCUACCACAUGUUCGGAGUCGGCACCGGCGAUCUUAACGUCCUCUUUGAGCCACUAGAUGGCUCUGCAUCCACCAAGAUCUGGGAGGAGAGUGGUAACCAUGGUAACCAGUGGAAGAGAGGAAGAGCAACUAUAAGAGGAGAUUCACCUUUCAGGGUUAUUUUUGAAGCUGUUCGGGGUUCUGAUUAUCAUGCAGACACUGCCCUUGAUGAUGUCAUAAUAAGAGAUGGACCAUGUCCGACACCCGUGUUACAGUGUGACUUCACACCAAAUGAUCUGUGUGGAUUUACACAGGACCUAGAUGAUGAUUUUGACUGGGACACCAACACAGGUGCCACAUCUUCUGCAGACACAGGUCCUAUUACUGACCACACAUCUGGUACUGUGGCUGGCAAGUAUAUUUAUCUGGAAGCUUCAAACCCAAGAUACCCCGCCCAAAUAACAAGGAUAUCUUCACCUACUAUGAGGCCAACCACUACCCAAUGUCUACAGUUCUAUUAUCAUAUGCAUGGUGUUGACAUUGGAGCAUUGAACGUGUACAUCAGGUCAGAUAAUAAUCCUAAUGAUCUUGGAAAUCCUGUUUGGACCAAAUCUGGACCACAAGGCAAUGAUUGGUUCCUUGGAAGAGUUUCAAUCGUUUCAGCAACCUCGUUUCAAGUUGUAUUUGAAGGAGUAAGAGGAGAUGAUUACCAUGGUGAUAUCGCAUUAGAUGAUGUUGUUAUUAAUGAUGGACAUUGUGAUUUACCAGUUUGUUCUGUUGGUCGGAGGUUUGAAGAUCAUUGUUACAAAAUAGAAAAGGACGGACAUACUUAUCAAGAUGCGGCAAAUAUUUGCAAAGCUAACGGUGGAAUACUUGCAGCCGUGAAGACACAAAGUCAGCAGGACUUUAUCAGGGACUUAGUAAGUGGAGAAGGCAACAGGUGGACUUUGUUCUGGAUUGGAAUCGACGAUCUUGCAAGAGAAGGACAGUUUGUUUACAGUGACGGCACGCCCCUCGCAAUAAACGAUGCAGUAUUUGGUGCAUGGGGUCCUGGUGAACCGAAUGAUGCGCUUGGAGACGAAGAUUGUGUGAACAUUGAAUACGCGUCAAAGAAUCGACUUUGGAAUGAUGUGCCUUGUAACAGAGACUUGUGGUUUAUAUGCCAGUACCCUGCCUCGCUUUAAAGAACUUUGAAGAUGUUUUUAUGUGUCAUUGGUAUUGAACGCUAACUUUGGUUUACAGGUUUCAGUUUUUAACCUUUGUACUCUUUAAUGAGGGUGAUGUCUCCAGUGAGGCGCGCAUAAGGAUUCAAGAUAGAAGUCUUAUUUUUUAAUUAGAUUUUACCCUGCUUGUAUCUUCAACCAGUAUUAAACUUUUAUGGAGUGAUAGUUCUUCAACAGCAACUGGCUAUGAGUUUGUUACAUCCAUUCCAAAUACUUCCAAAUAUAGUAAUUUUGCUGCUCGAACAACAAUGUAUUUCACUAAAGAUGUACCACAACACACAAUCUGUGGUAACAAAAACCUACCAUGAUCCAUUCUCUAUGAGUGAGACAUGGUUUUAAUCUGUUUGGACGAGGCCAUACGGCGAGGCACACCAUGUGCCAUGGAUUUAGGCCAGAAUUGGCUCAUUACCCCAACACCUAUAUAUGUUAUGUAAAUGUAUAAUUGCCAAAUCCGAAUCAAAGUUUGAAAAUCACUCACUUUCUCCUGCCUUGUUGAUCACUGUACAUAUAUGAUUGUAUUUUGUAAAUUAAUGUUCAUGCCUUGCAGUAGAAUCGGUGUUUCGUAUAAUCAGCAUAACAUCUCAUUUUUAAACCUCAAAUGUUAUGUCAGUAUUAAUUACACUACCUGAAGUCAAAUCUGCUACACGGAAUACAGUGCAUUGUAUGGAUACCUUA